UAAACUAGCGGGACUCCCCUUUUGCUUUCCCUGCUCAUAGUGAAAUGGAAGGAAAUCCAAGGUGUUUUUUCAAGAUCAUGAUGCCUGGUUUCCAGGGAAAAUUGAAUUUGCCGCCAGCUUUCUGUAAGAAGGUAAGGGAAGAGAGAUCAGAUUGGGCCAUUGUAACAAGUCGUAAAGGAAUGUGGAAGAUGAAUGUGUGCAGAAACCCUGAAGGUCUGAUAAGUUUCGUGAAUGGAUGGCCUGACUUUGUGAGUGAUCAUGGGCUGAGUGUUGGAGACUUUGUUGUGUUCGAACACACUGGUGACUUGCAUUUCAAUGCUGUGGUUUUUGACGUGAGUGCCUGCAACAAAGAGUUUGUUGUGGAGUUCAAGAAAGAGGAUCCUGGUCGACAAGUUCAUUCCAAGUACCAUUCAAGAAACACCAAGAGGAAACCAGACAAGGAAUCGGUUAUCAGCAAAAAGCCAUAUUUCGUCCUGACACUGAAAUCUUCUCAUCAGAAAUCUGGACAAGUUACUAUCCCAGCAAGUUUUUCGAGGUCAAAUAAUCUUAAUGGCUUCUCGAGUAUAAUUUUAACAGAUCCUAAUAGAAGAGAAUGGCCAAUCAAACUCUCAUUCCAGAGAACUGGUCAGUUCCGGGCCAGAAUGGCCACAGGUUGGGUUAGCUUUUAUGCAUCAAAUAAGCUCCAAGAGGGAGAUGUUUGUGUUUUUGAAGUCAAUCGUAGUUCGCAGUGUAAUAAGAGUAUUAUGAUGGAUGUAAAGAUUUUUCGGGAUCCCCUCGUCCAUGACAUAGAUUCUCUCGACUGUUAAUUGUUAUUCUUGCAUGAAUUCAGUUAGGAGUCAACUUUUGAAUCUUAUAUGUAGCAAGAACUGACAUCAGAGUUUCUUGUCUAUGCUAGUUUUUAAUCAAUCAAGUACUCUCAU